AUGACAUCCUUUAACAGAGCACCAACCAACGCAGUUGAAAUCACUUUGCCAAAUGGCGUGAAGUACGAACAACCAGUCGGUAUCUUCGUCAACAACGAAUUCUACGAGACUGACGCAACCAUCACCGUUGAGAACCCGGCUACCGAGGAGAACAUUGUUGAGGUUUACUCUGCCAACGCGAAUGACGUUGAUUACGCUGUCGACUGUGCUGAGAAGGCCUUCAAUGAACACUGGUCUACAUCCUCUUCAGCUACUCGCUCCAAGAUUCUUCACAAGAUUGCUGACUUGAUUGAGGAGAAGAAGGAGCUCAUUGCUGCUAUUGAAUCGUCAGAUAACGGUAAGACACUUGCUUGUUCCCGUGGUGAUGUCUCUUUGGUCAUCAACUACUUCCGUUACACGGCUGGUUUCACGGACAAGAUCGAUGGUCGCUCCAUUCCUGGUGACGGUUACGUCAACUACACAUACAGAGAGCCAUUGGGUGUGUGUGGUCAAAUUAUCCCAUGGAACUUCCCACUCAUGAUGUUGGCUUGGAAGAUUGCCCCAGCUUUGGCCACAUGUAACACCGUUGUUCUUAAGCCAGCUUCUGCUACUCCACUUAACGCUUUGAUGUUUGGUAAGAUCUGUCAAGAAGCUGGUGUCCCAGCCGGUGUUGUGAACAUUGUUCCAGGUCCAGGUAGAACCUGUGGUGAGGCCAUCAUCAACCAUCCAAAGAUCCGUAAGAUCGCCUUCACUGGUUCCACUUCUAUUGGUCGUGAAGUCAUGGUUAAGGCUGCUCAAUCCAAUUUGAAGAAGGUUACUCUCGAGCUUGGUGGUAAGUCUGCCCACCUUGUCUUUGCUGACUGUGACUUGGAGAAGACCUACCAGAACUUGGUCAACGGUAUCUUUUUGAAUGCUGGUCAAAUUUGUUCCUCUGGAUCAAGAAUCUACGUCCAAGACACCAUUUACGAAAAGAUGUUGGAAGGUUUCAAGAAAUACAUUGAGGAAAACAUCAAGGUUGGUAGUCCUUUCGACGAGUCCAACUUCCAAGGUGCCAUCACCAACAAGCAACAAUUCGACACCAUUAUGGACUACGUUAAGAUUGGUAAGCAAUCUGGUGCUAAGUUGCUCUGUGGUGGUGAACGUCUUGGUUCUAAGGGUUACUUCAUCAAGCCAACUGUUUUCUACGACGUUAAGGAAGAUGACCAAAUUGUGACCGAGGAAAUCUUUGGUCCUGUCGUUGUCAUCUCCAAGUUCUCCACCAUCGAUGAGGCCGUUGAGAAGGCUAACCACUCUGAGUAUGGUCUCGGUUCUGGUAUCCAGACCAACGAUCUAAACACCGCUUUGUCAGUUGCAAAGAGAUUGAAAGCUGGUACCGUUUGGAUCAACACAUACAACGAUUUCGAUGCCACUGUUCCAUUCGGUGGUUACAAACAAUCCGGUUUCGGUAGAGAGAUGGGUGAAGAAGCCCUUGAUAACUACACACAGGUCAAGGCUGUCAGAAUCAAAUUGAGAGACUUGAAAUGA